CAAGAGACCAAGGGAGGGGCCCGGGGACCCCUUCGCACGUAUACUAACGUGUGUGUGUCAGUGGCAAGAAAAAGAUACCAUUUCGACAUUGUAUCGGUUGGCGAGUUGCCGUAUAACCAACAAACGCCGGGUUUUCGUGUCUUUUUAUUUUUUUUCCGGAAAAAUCGGGUGGUUGAGGGCGAUAUUAGUGCCUCCCCGUUCCGUACGCGGAUCCGCCAUUUUCGGAUGUGGGCAAAUUAAUUAUUGCCUGUUUCCCGUCACCGAAUUAAAAAAAGGUUGUUGAAUGUUUGGUAGUCCACCAGAAACGAAAAAUCUGCAACACUCUGUGAUGUUAUUCAACAUAAGGCAAAAACAAAACUAAAAUAGAAAACCAGAAAAUUAUCAACAUAUCUUUCAAGAGACUUCUCUAUUUAUACAACUGAAAUUUAUUUAUAUCUACUAAACAAAGAAAAACUAUUUUCUAAAAAGGUCAAUACAAACUAAAGAUAGUCUGAUAUAUAAAAAUAGUCGCGUACGGCUUCUUCUUUAUUGGAAGAGGUCUGGGUUUUUCUUUGUAACGAGUUCCUUAAAAACCGCCACAACGUCGUGCAUCGAGGAUUGCGCCAUGGGGUGCACCGUUUCGGCAGAGGAGAGGGCGGCCAUCGCCAGGACCAAACAAAUUGAUCAGACGCUUAAAGAGGAGAGCCAGAGAUCUAAGAGAGAUGUCAAGUUACUUCUGUUAGGGGCUGGCGAGUCAGGAAAGAGCACCAUAGUAAAACAAAUGAAAAUUAUUCACGAGAGCGGUUUUACACCAGAAGACUUCAAACAAUAUAGGCCAGUAGUCUACAGUAACACUAUUCAAUCGCUAGUGGCCAUCUUGCGGGCGAUGCCAAAUCUCGGGAUACAAUAUGGCAACAAUGAGCGGGAGGCAAGUCUUGACGGUAAAAUGGUCUUCGACGUGAUCCAAAGAAUGGAAGACACCGAACCCUUCUCAGAAGAACUUUUGGCUGCCAUGAAAAGACUGUGGGCGGACUCGGGGGUGCAGGAAUGUUUCGGACGGUCGAACGAGUACCAGCUCAAUGACUCGGCCAAAUAUUUCUUAGACGAUCUAGAUAGACUAGGUGCAAAGGACUACCAACCCACGGAACAAGAUAUCCUCAGAACACGUGUAAAAACCACUGGUAUUGUUGAAGUACAUUUCUCAUUCAAAAAUCUCAAUUUUAAAUUAUUCGAUGUUGGAGGUCAAAGAUCGGAAAGGAAAAAAUGGAUUCACUGUUUCGAAGAUGUAACGGCGAUCAUUUUCUGCGUAGCAAUGAGCGAAUAUGAUCAAGUCUUACAUGAAGAUGAAACGACGAAUCGGAUGCAGGAGAGUCUGAAACUGUUUGACUCGAUUUGUAACAACAAAUGGUUCACGGACACUUCCAUAAUUCUGUUCCUGAACAAAAAAGACUUGUUUGAAGAGAAAAUUAGGAAAUCACCACUUACGAUAUGCUUCCCUGAAUAUACUGGAGCCCAAGAAUAUGGCGAAGCAGCGGCGUACAUCCAAGCCCAGUUCGAAGCAAAAAACAAGUCGACAACCAAAGAGAUCUACUGCCACAUGACGUGCGCCACAGACACGCACAACAUCCAGUUCGUCUUUGAUGCAGUCACCGACGUCAUAAUCGCUAACAACUUGCGCAACUGUGGCCUGUAUUAAGCCCCCAUAAUCAGGAGCUAAAGGGAUAAAUUCUAACUAUUAUUAAGUUAAGAACGUUGUUGCCGGUCACAAAAGAGCGCGUGCUCGAUGGGUGGAUGUUUGUAUUUUUAUUUUUGUUUUCGUUUUCUUUUUUUUGGUAUUUGUUUUGUCUUUGAGGCCGUGUAAGUAGGUACGGAUAUUUGGAAGUAGCUACUGUAGAAAAUACGCUUACUACAGUAUGUAAGGAUAUUUCUAAAAAGUGAAGUUGCAUAAGGAUUUUUGUUGGUUAAAAUAAGAUGAUAAAAAUUCGUUGGGCGAUCAAUUUUUUAUGGCAGUCGAUGUUUCGACUUAUAAGGAGAUUACCUUCGGGAAAUAAAGUGAACUACACUUAAAAUAUUUCCAAAAUAGUUACAAUGUUAAAAUAGUUUGUUUGAAUUAACAAACUAAAAAACAAUAUAUAACACUGAUUGCGUACACACACAGUAAGUAUAGUAACAUACGUUUUUUCAUUAAUAUUUUCUAGUAUGAAAAUCAUUUGUUUUUUGGAAAGAAUUAACUUAGAGAUUAAAAAUCAAAAUUCUCUUGAAAUAUAUCUGGUAUUAUCCUUUAAAAAAAUUAAAAAGAACUUAAGCGCCCCAUGACUAGCUGACAAGUGAACAACAAUAAACAUUUGAUUAAUCAAAGGUUUUUUCUCAAUCUAAUAAUAAUAAAAUCCUUGUAUGAAUAUUUUUAUGUUGGUACUUGGACUUUAGUAAUUGUAUUUUGCAGUCUAAAGUACUUUAAAUAUUUAUUUUAAUAUAAUGAAUUUAUCAUAAAAACUCUAUGUAUCCAUUCCUUAUAUGCCAAGUAUGUACCUACUUCGAUUGAGUGACUACUGUAAUUACAAAAUCACUACUUGCACUGCCUAAAUUUUGACAUAUUUUAGUCUGUGUUAAAAUGGACAAUUUUUGGUUAGUUUUUUGGAUUAAUAUCCAAACCGAGUAAGAGCAGUGAAUAAAUGUGAAUUAAUUUUUAAACUAUUUAAAAAAACCUUUAUGUUAGUUUUUUUUUUGUUAUUUUGGGCAGUGAAACGUGGAGAAGCAAAAAUAUUUUAAAAAAUUAAAGUAAAUUAAAAGUAUCCGGUAGUUUUUUCGUUCUAGUAAAGUAUUUAGUAUAAUGUGGUGUGAGUGUGUAUACAAUUAUACAGGGUAUAGUCAGAAAACCAGCAAAAAAACAUUUAGAACUACAAAGAAGAUUAUACGUGCUUCCUUAUUGUCUCACUUAAUGUGUUCGAAAUCAACUUUUUUUUUUCACAUUUUACUGCCCCAAUUAUAAACCUACAUGAACAAUAUUUUAAUAUCGCUUUAAAUCACCCCUAAAACGUUAAUUUUCUAAUCUACCGCACUUUUGCUUCGAGCGUAAAACGCACAUGAGCUAAACCAGGUCUUUGUACAAAAAGAAAAUAAUUGUGCACAAAAUUUUCAGUAUUGAUUGAUUCUGUUAACUUUUUUUUAUGUGUUUUUUGUUUUGUGAAUAUUUUGUACAAAAAGUGUCUUUGUGCCAUUCGCAAGGAGGUUGCAUUUAUAUAUUAUGUAUUUCUUUUUUUGUAAAUUAUUAUAUUUUUAUUUAGGAUAAGUUGAUAAAUAAAUGUUAUAUUUCUUUUUUUUUUCUCACGUUUAUGAUAAUUCUGUUUUUUAUAGUUUAGUCUAAAAAGUUUCUAUGAGGAAAAAAGUUGGUUAAAUUGGAUUUUUUGUCAAAUGAGAGCGCACAUGCGAUUUGUACCAUGACAAAAAUGCGCUAAGCCCUUGUUAAAUUCAAAUACUUGAAAAUUAUUAUGCUACCUACUUGUAUUUAUUGGCUUUACUUUAAGAUGGCAAACCGACGCCGCCAAUUUUUUUCCAAUGAUUUGUGUGGACCCAAUAAGAUAAUUUUAAGCUCAAAAAGUAGUGAAGGGUUCGAAAGUUUCGUUGGAAACCAACCAGAAGCUCAUUUAGUACCAUCAAAAACACUUUUUUUUCACAAUAAGAUACUUUUUAUAGACCUCUCAACUUUAUCGAUUUGUAGAUGAAAUACGUACUUUUGGUUAGUUUCUUACAAGCAGGCCCCCAAAAAAAAUAUUUUUUUGCUUAACCCAGAAGAAUUUUCUCAAUAAUGAAGAAAGUGUUCUGUACGUCAUAAGUACCUAAGUUCUUGGAACAUUUCCCCUAAAAUGAUGUUGCAAAAUAUAUACCUAAUGUAAGUGUACAUAAAAAACUAUAUGGCGCUUAAAAUUAUUAAUAAUAAAAGUAGCUUUCAGUCAUUUAUGUAGAUCGUACCUAGUAAGAAAAUAUUCAUUUUAAGCAAGGAAAAAAAACCGCAUUUGCAUUGUUAUAUUUAUUAUAUGAUAAUAUUAAGAACCAACUACAUUAGCAGCGAUUUUGGUAUGUAAAUGGACAUUCUUUUUACAUAUUAUUAUAUCAAUCGCUGUGUGAUUUUAAAACGUGCAUUUUAUGUAAAACAUUCCUAAAUAAUAAAAAAAAAACAAAAUGUAUUUCUCAGUUUUAUAUAAUCGCUCUGUAUAUUUGUGCAGUAUUGCCAUUUGAAUUAUUAUCACCUUAGAGGUUUUAUUUAAAACAAAAAAAUAUAAUUACGCGACCUCAAUAAUUCGAUGACUUUUUAAAGUGUCAUAAACAAUCAUAAUAUUCAUUUUCUAGCUAGGGAAAUUAGUAUAUCAUGUGGUGUUGCAAUUUUUUGACGACUUCAGUCAGAAAAAUGCGACAUAGCCAUCGUUUGUUGUGUAUAAAAAAAACUAAAUUAAAAAAAAUGUUAAGUAACUUAAUGUUGGGUAGAAGUCGAGUCAUGAUUUAUUUCUUUUUUUUUUGUUUAAUCUAGUCAAGUUUUGUUUAUUUAAUUUACACGCCACAACUUUUUUUUGUAAAUUAUUUCGAAAUAAAUCUACUGUAAUAAUAUUA